GGUAUAUAUAUAUAUUUGCAUUUGUUUGGCCUGACUUCUGUCUGUCAAAGAGGCUAACAAAACAUGCACAAUGACUACGCUGAUACGACGCUCACGAACAUUUCCUGCCGCAUCUCAUAAUCCAGCCCAAACGCACUCGGAAAGUGGAUACAUUGUUUCCGCUGCUCUACGAGACCUCACCAUAUCCAAUUAUUUUCAGCCAAACAGGAAAUCAGUUCCAGAUCCACCUCUAGCCUACCAUGUCUGAACCGGGUUCUGGUUGUGGUGUUCCAACCCAGAGAAGCUCACAGCCUGGUCCAGAGAUGCUGUCAGUGAUGCUGGAUAACUGCAGUCAAACAGUGGAAUUCAAUGUGAUUGUCAAGGAGGAGGGUGAGGAGAUUGAAAUCAAUGAGCGGGAAGAGGAAGAGAGAGAGGAGGACAGGAACUCUGUUGACUCAGGAGAGAGCCCCAACCCAGACUCAGUCAACAAGCCCAGUUCCACAGCAUCAAUACUACCUGGGCGUGGGAGUUACCCCUGUCCUCAAUGUGAGAAGAGUUUCAGUUCCUCAACUAACCUAAAGAAUCAUCAAAGAGUACACACUGGAGAGAAACCUUUUGACUGCUCAACAUGUGGGAAGAGUUUCAGUGAGAAAGUAAACCUUAAGAGACAUGAGAGAGUACAUAGUGGAGAGAAGCCUUACCACUGUACCACAUGUGGGAAGAACUUCAAUCAUUCAGGAAGCCUUAAGCAACAUCUGAGAAUACAUACAGGAGAGAAACCUUACCAUUGCUCUCUUUGCGGGAAGAGUUUCAGUCGGGCAGGAGACCUAAAGACUCAUCAGAGAUCCCACAGUGAAGAGAAGCCUUACCACUGCUCUCUUUGUGGGAAGAGUUUCAAUCAGCCAGGAAACCUAAAAAGUCAUCAGCGAAUACACAUUGGAGAGAAGCCUGCCUGUGCUUUACAUUUGAUUGUCAAAGAGGAGGAGGAUGAGAAGGAAAUCGAUGAGAAGGAAAAGAGAGAAGUUGAGGAAGAGGAAGAAAAUAGUGGUGUAAUUAACCUAGGUACAUCAAGACUUCCUGGUCGUGGGAGUUACCCCUGUCCUCAAUGUGGAAAGAGUUUCAGUUCUUCAGGUAAUCUAAAAAAUCAUGAGAGAGUACAUACUGGGGAGAAACCUUUCCACUGUGCCACAUGUGGGAAGAGUUUCAGUGAAAAAGUCAACCUCACGAGACACGAGAGGGUACAUAGUGGAGAGAAGCCUUACCACUGCACCCAAUGUGGGAAGAGCUUCAAUCAUUCUGGAAGCCUUAAGGAACAUCAAAGAGUACAUACAGGGGAGAAGCCUUACCACUGCUCUCUUUGUUGGAAGAGUUUCAGUCAGCCAGGAAACCUUAAGAAACACCAGAGAAUACAUACAGGGGAGAAGCCUUACCACUGCUCUCUGUGCGGAAAGAGUUUCAAUCAGCCAGGAAACCUAAAAAGUCAUCAGCGAAUACACAUUGGAGAGAAGCCUGCCUGUGCUUUACAUUUGAUUGUCAAAGAGGAGGAGGAUGAGAAGGAAAUCGAUGAGAAGGAAAAGAGAGAAGUUGAGGAAGAGGAAGAAAAUAGUGGUGUAAUUAACCUAGGUACAUCAAGACUUCCUGGUCGUGGGAGUUACCCCUGUCCUCAAUGUGGAAAGAGUUUCAGUUCUUCAGGUAAUCUAAAAAAUCAUGAGAGAGUACAUACUGGGGAGAAACCUUUCCACUGUGCCACAUGUGGGAAGAGUUUCAGUGAAAAAGUCAACCUCACGAGACACGAGAGGGUACAUAGUGGAGAGAAGCCUUACCACUGCACCCAAUGUGGGAAGAGCUUCAAUCAUUCUGGAAGCCUUAAGGAACAUCAAAGAGUACAUACAGGGGAGAAGCCUUACCACUGCUCUCUUUGUUGGAAGAGUUUCAGUCAGCCAGGAAACCUUAAGAAACACCAGAGAAUACAUACAGGGGAGAAGCCUUACCACUGCUCUCUGUGCGGAAAGAAUUUUCGUUUCGCAGGAGACCUAAAGAAUCAUCAGAGAUCACACAGUGGAGAGAAGCCGUACCAAUGCUCUCUGUGUGGUAAGGGAUUCACUCAGCUAAGAAUUCUUAAAAGUCAUCAGAGGAUACAUAUUGGAGAGACGCCUGUCUGUGCGUUCAAUGUAUUUCUGCAGGAGGUGGAGAGUGAGAGGGAAAUCAAUGUGGAGGAAAAGAGAGAUGUUGAGGAAGAGGAGGACAAUAGUGGUGUAGUUGACCCAGAUAUAUCAAGACUACUUGGUCGUGGUCGUUACCCCUGCCCUCAAUGUGAGAAGAGUUUCCGUUCCUCAAGUAAUCUAAAAAAUCAUCAAAGAGUACAUACUGGAGAGAAACCUUUCCACUGCUCCCAAUGUGGGAGGGGUUUCAGUGAGAAAGUAAACCUUAAGAGACAUGAAAGAGUACAUAGUGGAGAGAAGCCUUACCACUGCACCACAUGUGGGAAGAGUUUCAAUCAUUCAGGAAGCCUUAAAGAACAUCAGAGAAUUCAUACAGGUGAGAAACCUUACCACUGCUCACUGUGCGGAAAUAAUUUUCGUUUUGCGGGAGACCUAAAGAAUCAUCAGAGAUCACACAGUGGAGAGAAACCUUACCACUGCACUCAGUGUGGAGAGAGAUUCACUCAGCUAAGAAGUCUAAAAAGGCAUGAGAGAAUAUCCAUUGGAGCGAAGCCUGCCUGUGCUUUCAAUAUGAUUGUCCAAGAGGAGGAGGAGGAGGGAGGAGAGAGAGAAGUUGAGGGAGAGGAGAGUAACGUGAAAUAAAGGUGAAGUGAGGAUACUUAAGCUAACUCAAUAGCUAUUGAAAUUCACACCUUUCCUUGCAAUGGCAUCUUCUGUGACAACAUGGUCAUGGACAGCACCAUUUAGGGCUAUCUUCAUCUUCUUUUACUUCUAUGAGUGUAUUGGAAGUUCACAAAUGAACUCAACUUGAAUACCACCACCACCUAAUGUGCUGGAGAGUGUAUUAAUCUGACCUUUAUUUUGACAGGGAGUCAAUACUGAGACCGAGGUCUCUUUUCCAGAUGAGGCCUGUAUAGCACCACAAUACACAUUAAACUACCAAUUCAUAUACACAUUAAUACACAAUAAACACAUUAAACUACACAUUCGUAUGCAUGUUGAAAUACAUGUUAUUGUACACAACAAUACACGAAAACCAAAACAAACAUAUUCGGUAACAAGGUCUCAUAACAACCAUCUGAAAGGCCCUGAAGGCACUAAUUCCUGCAUUGUAGAUCAUUCCACACACAAGGCGCAAGGAAACGAAAGGCUGAUCUACUUAAAUCUCUAGACACCAAAGGAGUCUCUAUAAAGUGAAUAAAUCCUCUUAUGGAUUGGACCCUUUUUUCCCCUCCAAUUUUCACCUAAAAUGACAUACCCAAAUCUAACUGCCUGUAGCUCAGGACCUGAAGCAAUGAUAUGCAUAUUCUUGCUACUCCCAGGAAUGAUGGAUCAUUAACUUAUACAUGAACUUUCACACAUCUAGAUGGCCGGGCAGGUUGGGUGGGGAGCCAGAGACAGCAGGGGUUCAACCUGGAGUAUCCAGUUCCUAGAUGUAAAUAGAACAAUAACAAUUUAAUGUAUUAAAUAAAACUAUGCUACAUUUUA